CGAAUGUCUUCAGUGGUUGUGUCGUUGAGGUCCGCACUAGCAUGUGGUCACCCUCCGCGCACACCUCAACACUAGUCGCGGGAGAGCCGAGUACGAUGCAAGUCCACGCUCUCUAAUAGGCCUAAGAGAAAAACCGCUAAACAAUCGCCCGUGGACAUUUUAUAUCAGAUCGGCGGGAUUCCAAGGCGUCUGAUUACCGGAACGCUCUAAUAGAGGACAGAUAGAGCGCAUUUAUCCAAGGGACUCAAAGGUUUCGAAUACGCGUUUUCCUCCACAGAUCAAAGGCACUUCGCGUUCUUCUGAAAAAGAUUUCCAGGAAUGGAAUCUAUCCCAAAUCAGCUGCCGGCUGGAAGAGACUCCAGCUGUUCGCCGAACUCUAAACAAGACUUGCAGUCUUACUCUGGCCAAACUCUCAAGCCGAACCAAGUCAGUGAGACCUCUUUAUACGGAAUACCGAUCGUUUCACUAGUCAUAGACGGUCAAGAGAGACUUUGCCUAGCCCAAAUAUCCAACACGCUUUUGAAGAACUACAGCUAUAACGAAAUCCACAACCGGCGCGUAGCCCUGGGCAUCACUUGUGUGCAGUGCACUCCGGUCCAGCUGGAGAUUCUCAGGCGUGCAGGGGCUAUGCCCAUUUCCUCAAGACGCUGCGGGAUGAUUACAAAACGAGAGGCCGAGAGGCUGUGCAAGUCGUUCCUGGGCGCCCACAGCCCGCCGAAAUUACCAGAAAAUUUCGCUUUUGACGUGUCGCACGAAUGCGCUUGGGGCAGCCGGGGCAAUUUCAUCCCGGCCAGAUACAACAGCUCCCGAGCAAAGUGCAUUAAGUGUUCAUUCUGCAACAUGUAUUUCUCUCCAAACAAGUUCAUCUUUCACUCUCAUCGCACGCCCGAGUCCAAAUACACGCAACCCGACGCAGCAAACUUCAAUUCUUGGAGAAGACACUUAAAACUAAGCGAUAAAAACUCACCGGAUGAUGUGUCCCACGCCUGGGAAGACGUCAAAGCCAUGUUUAACGGCGGCAGCCGCAAGAGGACGCUGCCAGUCGGUGGGUCUGACAGUUCGUCCUCGCUUAGUUCGCAAGCACCGAGAGGUCAGACCCAGGGGGAACCGUCUGAGGUGCCCCACAAAACUCUCCGAUGUGAGGAUGACAGGGGAAACGUGACCAUGCCGAGCAGCAUACGCAGUUACCCUGUCAUUCCGGUGCCUAGUAAGAGUUUUGGGAUGUUACAGAAAAUUCCACCACCGCUCUUUCCACAUCCAUACGGUUUCCCGGCGUUUGGAUUGUGUCAAAAGAAGGAUGACGGUGUGGUGAUGGGAGAGCCAAACAAAACAAACCUGUCAGGUGUGUUCUGGCCGAGCGCUAAGGACAGUGCCUAUCCCUCCUUUCCUAUGUUCUGGCCUACAACAGGCAGCUUGGCCAUGCCAACAUACCACCAUGCCCAGCCUAAACCUCCAUCUGACGUGUUGUGCACCAGACAUACAGAUCUAGACGUGUCAGAGCAAAGUGACCGAAGCACAAGCACCCCUAAAGACAGUCUACUCGAUAACGAACGGUGUUCCAGCACUCAGUCUACCCGAAACGAGGAGGAUAAAUCUGGGGACGAAAGCAGGUCGAUAGAAGGGAUGCCAGCCACCCCAAGAAAAAUAAGCUAUAUAUCUGCAUUCAGGCCGGUUGUUAAAGAUGUUGAGAGCAUCGCAAAACUAUACGGAAACAGGGGUCCGUAUUCCGGUCCUCGAUCCGGCUAUAUGUCACCUGAUUUUUUGAGUGAAAGUUCUAGUUAUAGAUCGGUGUCUCCGGACGUGGACAGCGUGGACGAUCCGGAUGUGGAUGUGGAGUCACAUAAAGUACACGAGGAUGAGGAGUGUUUGCAGCUGUCUGUGGAUGACCGGCGGAGUCCUCAAGGUUUGACCGUAGCGCAGAGUGACGGGGUUAAAGGUCAAGACCAAGAUAAUAGCCAAAUGCACACCAUGAGUGAUCUACACACGACGAAUUCAAGUGAAACGCGGUCGACUGAUUUGGAGAGCCACGGCAAUAAACACACGACGCGCUUUGAAGUCUAUGCGCGUGAAAGAGACGAGCACGUGCAUCAGAUGAGCACGUCUUAUUUUGGUUCAACGACCACUUACCAACGCGAAACGAGUGUUAAAGACGUGCAUGAAGAAGAACCUUCAUCUACGGUGGAAGAGAUGGAACCCAAAAAUCAUCAGGAUCAAAGCAACAUCAAUGAGGAGCGCCUGAAGGAACCAAAUGAUGAUGAGGAAUCAAUGCGCAAGGACAAUGGCAGCAGGGUCUCCUUAAUUGAGAAAAACAUAGAGAACAUGGCCAAAGAGGAAUUGCAGAAACAGCUUGUGGAACAAGUUGAGCUUAGAAAAAAGUUGGAGCGUGAGUUCCAGAAUCUAAAAGACAGUUUUCAAGACCAAAUGAAAAGGGAGCUCUCAUACAGAGAGGAAAUGGUGCAGCAACUCCAGAUUGUUCGAGACACUUUGUGCAGCGAGUUGGACCAUGAGAGAGAGACACGUUAUGCUAUUCAGCAGAAGUUAAAAGAAGCUCACGACGCAUUACACCAUUUCUCGUGUAAGAUGCUGACUCCCCGUCACUGCGCCGGGACUUGCACCUUCAAACCUCCUCUUCUACCGCCUUGAUGGACAGACAUGAGUGUUCUUUAGAAAUACUGCUGUGUCAAAUAAAACUGUACUUUUUUCCUCUGCAAAACACUGUCCACCUUUAGACCUGGAAUAAGCAAGUGUGUACUGUAGUAUUUUAGCUCUUACACUGUAAUGAAGUCAUUUUCAUUUGCAACAGAGUGUUUUCAGAGUCACUGUAUGUAUUGUAUAAUUUAUAUAAAGUUCUAGAAAAUCGCAUUAUAAAAAAAUUGACGUCCCACUUAAAAAUAUUAUCAUCAGCUGUAGAAAUCACUGGUAUUAAGUGGCUAUGUGCAAUGCAUAUAUUUGUUAUGUAUCCUGUGAUACCUUUUUUGUUAGUGAUAGGUUAGGACAUUUUGUUAAAUUAGAUGCAACAAUAAUUAAUGUUUUUUGUAUAUUUGAUUUAUUCCAUGUCCAUGUUGGUUGUUUAUUCUCAUCUGCAUAUUUGUAUAUUAUUGAUGUAAAGCACUUUAAAUUGGCAGCCCUAACUACUGAAAUGUGGAUUAAAUGAUCU